CUUGUUCUAACACUUAAACCCAACCCCCUUCUUCCCUGUAACUUUCCCGUUAAAAUUCGCUAGAAAAUCUCAACAGUCCACCCCAAAAGUUCAUUUCCUUUAUUUUCUCGAAGCCCAUGCAAGUUAUUUCACCAAGAUGACCCUCUCGAUACCCAAUCCUUCACUUCUGAAACCAGAUUUGAAGCCUUACCAAUUCAAUUUCCCCAUUCAACGGAGAUUCCUCUCCGGUGACAAACAACUCUUAUACGGACACCGGAUAUUCCUCGUUGGAGACCGGGGAUUCUCUUCCCUCGCCGUGAAAGUCCGAGCCAAGCCGAAAGAGUUGGUCCUCGGCAAUCCCUCUGUCGUCGUCCAGAAAGGAAAGUAUAGCUACGACGUUGAAACCCUAAUCAACAAGCUUAGCUCCCUCCCGCCGCGUGGCAGUAUCGCGCGAUGCCUCGAUUUAUUCAAAAACAAGCUUUCCUUGAACGACUUCGCUUUGGUCUUCAAGGAAUUCGCUCAACGCGGCGACUGGCAACGCUCGCUUCGUUUAUUUAAAUAUAUGCAGAGACAGAUCUGGUGCAAACCGAACGAACAAAUAUACACGAUAAUGAUAAGUUUGUUAGGGCGCGAGAAUUUGCUCGAGAAAUCGGCUGAGAUUUUCGAGGAAAUGCCCAGUCAAGGCGUGCCGCGAAGUGUUUUCUCUUACACAGCUUUGAUUAAUGCGUACGGGCGUCACGGUCAGUAUGAAACAUCUCUUGAACUCUUAGAGAGAAUGAAAAGAGAAAAGAUUUUGCCUAAUAUUUUGACUUAUAAUACUGUGAUCAAUGCUUGUGCGAGGGGAGGAUUAGAUUGGGAGGGUUUAUUAGGAUUAUUUGCGGAAAUGAGACAUGAAGGGAUACAACCUGAUAUUGUGACUUAUAAUACAUUGUUAAGUGCUUGUGGUGCUAGAGGUUUAGGUGAUGAGGCGGAGAUGGUUUUCAGGACAAUGAAUGAAGGUGGGGUAUUGCCUGAUUUAACGACAUAUAGUUAUCUCGUUGAGACGUUUGGGAAAUUGGGGAAACUAGAAAAGGUUUCGGAGCUCCUUGGGCAGAUGGAGGUAGGAGGGAAUUUACCGGAUGUAACAUCGUAUAAUGUGUUAUUGGAGGCGCAUGCGAAAAUGGGGUCGAUAAAGGAGGCCAUGGGAGUGUUUAGGCAGAUGCAGGCAGCAGGGUGUGUUGCAAAUGCUGCAACUUAUAGUAUUUUGUUGAAUUUGUAUGGGAGGAAUGGGAGGUAUGAUGAUGUGAGAGAGCUUUUCCUUGAGAUGAAAGCGAGUAAUACAGAGCCAAAUGCAGCUACUUAUAAUAUUUUGAUACAGGUUUUUGGAGAAGGUGGGUAUUUUAAGGAGGUGGUAACUUUGUUUCAAGAUAUGGCAGAGGAGAAUGUUGAGCCGAAUAUGGAGACUUACGAGGGUUUGAUUUUUGCUUGUGGGAAGGGAGGCCUACAUGAGGAUGUCAAGAAGAUUUUACUUUACAUGAAUGAGAGAGGGAUAGUACCAAGUUCCAAGGCAUACACUGGUGUUAUUGAAGCAUAUGGACAGGCUGCAUUGUAUGAGGAAGCGCUUGUUGCUUUUAACACAAUGAAUGAAAUGCAGAGCAGCCCAACUGUUGAAACUUUCAACUCAGUGCUGCAUACCUUUGCAAGAGGUGGACUGUACAAAGAGUGUGAGGCAAUUUUGUCAAGAAUGGGUGAGGCUGGUGUUUCAAGGAAUCGGGAUUCCUUCAAUGCUGUGAUUGAAUCUUUUAGGCAAGGAGGCCAGUUUGAGGAAGCUAUAAAGGCAUAUGUUGAGAUGGAAAAGGUGAGAUGUGAUCCUGAUGAGAGGACCCUUGAGGCAGUUUUAAGUGUUUACUGCUUCGCAGGCCUUGUUGAUGAGAGUAAGGAACAAUUCCAGGAAAUUAAAGCUUUCGGAAUAUUUCCCAAUGUUAUGUGCUACUGUAUGAUGCUGGCUGUUUAUGCAAAGAGUAACAGGUGGGACGAUGCCUAUGAAUUACUAGAUGAGAUGUACACAAAUAGAGUGUCAAAUAUCCACCAAGUAACUGGGAAGAUGAUCAAGGGAGAAUAUGAUGAUGAGUCUAACUGGCAGAUGGUAGAGUAUGUCUUUGACAAACUUAACUCUGAAGGUUGCGGUUUGGGAAUGAGGUUCUACAAUGCACUUUUGGAAGCACUUUGGUGGCUUGGCCAGAGAGAACGGGCUGCAAGAGUGCUUCAUGAAGCCACAAAGAGGGGUCUUUUCCCUGAACUUUUUCGUAAUAACAGACUUGUUUGGUCUGUGGAUAUCCACAGAAUGUGGGAAGGCAGUGCAUAUACAGCAAUAUCAGUUUGGCUCAACAAUAUGUAUGAGAUGUUCACAAGUGGCGAAGAUCUUCCUCAACUUGCAACUGUUGUUGUAGUACGGGGACACAUGGAGAGAAAUUCAAUCACACAAGAUUAUCCAAUAGCGAAGGCUGCUUACACAUUCCUGCAGGAUGUAUCACCUUUAUUUAAUUUCCCAGGAUGGAAUAAAGGAAGAAUUAUCUGCCAGCGGUCUCAACUCAAGCGAAUUCUGACAGGCAUAGAAUCAUCUUCAAAUGGGUCUACGAAGAAUAACAUAAUUACUUUAAGUAACUCACCCUUUUCUCCACCCAGAACACAAACAUCUGCAACAGAUGUAAAGAAUGAUCAACAUGAUACUUCUGCUUCUGAAACAAGAAAUACGAGAACAGAGCUUAUGACAAGCACAGUAUAAAUAGAUAUACAAAAUCCAUUCAUCAGUUUUCAAUGCUCGGAAGAUCUCUGUCUCCCACUUACAGUUGAAAGAAAGGGAACAGUUGAGUAUAAGAAUGUUGUUAUACCGUUUGAUGUUUGCAUGGAGGAAAAAAAUUAUGCUCGUGACAAGUUUGAUAUCAGCUCAUGCAGUGCCAGAAGCAGGUGAAAUUGCAGAGUGUUGAAGCUCAGGGCAUUAUUGUUUACUGGUCAAAUUUAAAGCAAGGAGAGCUUGGAUGAUGAAAGGGGUGAUGUAAAAUCUGGGAUGAAAGGUUUGGAAAUUUUAGGACUAAUCAGAAAAGAGAAAGCUCAUUGUUCACAUAUCAUGUACUUCAAUUUAGGUGUACAGGUUUCCAUGGCAAUGUUCUUAAUUUUAAUUCAACGACAAAAUUUUGUACUAAGACAAUAUUACGCUGACAAACAAAUUUUACAAACCUUUUUUUACUAA